AUGCAGGCGCUCAACGUCACCCCGGAGCGGCUCUCCCGGCUGCUGCGGGCCCACAACCUGACGCGGGAGCAGUUCAUCGCGCUGUACGGGCUGCGGCCGCUCGUCUACACCCCGGAGCUGCCUGGGCGCGCCAAGCUGGCCUUCGUGCUCACCUGCGUGCUCAUCUUCGCCCUGGCGCUCUUUGGCAACGCGGUAGUGGUCUACGUGGUGACCCGCAGCAAGGCCAUGCGCACCGUCACCAACAUCUUCAUCUGCUCGUUGGCGCUCAGUGACCUGCUCAUCACCUUCUUCUGCAUCCCGGUCACGACGCUCCAGAACAUCUCCGACAAGUGGCUGGGGGGUGCCUUCAUUUGCAAGAUGGUGCCAUUUGUCCAGUCUACUGCUAUUGUGACAGAAAUUCUCACUAUGACCUGCAUUGCUGUGGAAAGGCACCAGGGACUUGUGCAUCCUUUUAAAAUGAAGUGGCAAUACACUAACCGAAGGGCUUUCACAAUGCUAGGUGUGGUCUGGCUUGUGGCAGUCAUCGUAGGAUCACCCAUGUGGCAUGUGCAGCAGCUUGAGAUUAAGUAUGACUUCCUAUAUGAAAAAGAACAUGUUUGCUGCUUGGAAGAGUGGACCAGCCCCGCGCACCAGAAGAUCUACAGCACCUUCAUCCUCGUCUUCCUCUUCCUCCUGCCUCUCAUGGUGAUGCUGGUCCUGUACAGUAAAAUUGGUUACGAACUUUGGAUAAAGAAGAGAGUGGGGGAUGGUUCUGUGCUUCGAACUAUUCACGGAAAAGAAAUGUCCAAAAUAGCCAGGAAGAAGAAGCGAGCUGUCAUUAUGAUGGUGACAGUGGUGGCUCUCUUUGCUGUGUGCUGGGCACCUUUCCAUGUCUUUCAUAUGAUGAUUGAAUACAGUAAUAUUGAAAAGGAAUAUGAUGAUGUCACAAUCAAGAUGAUUUUUGCUAUAGUGCAAAUAAUUGGAUUUUCCAACUCCAUCUGUAAUCCCAUUGUCUAUGCAUUUAUGAAUGAAAACUUCAAAAAAAAUGUUUUGUCUGCAGUUUGUUAUUGCAUAGUACGAGAAGCCCUAUCUUCAGCACAAAGGCAUGGAAAUUCAGGAAUUACGAUGAUGGAGAAGAAAGCAAAGUUUUCCAGAAGAGAGAACCCAGUAGAGGAGACCAAAGGAGAAGCAUUCAGUGAUGGCAACAUUGAAGUCAAACUGUGUGAACAGCCAGAGGAGAAAAAAAAUCUCAAACUACACUUUGCCCUCUUUACUUCUGAACCUUCUGGGAAUUGUGCUGUAGACAGUGGGCAUUAA